AUGCUCCGGAACUUCAUGUCGACAAAGGUCCGCUCCAAUGCUGGCUGCUGGACCUGUCGGCUGCGCCGGAAAAAGUGCGAUGAGAAGCGCCCCGUGUGCGAUGGCUGCGGCUCGCUAGAGAUCACCUGCCACUUUGAAGACGAGAAGCCGGACUGGAUGGACGGGGGGCCCCGGCAAAAGGAGAUGGCCGACAAGAUCAAGGCGCAGGUGAAGAAGCAGGCCAGCCAGCGGCGCGACCGCAAGUACAUGGACAUGCUCGCGACGGGCACGCGUAAUGUGAGCCUGACGCAGAGCGAUGGUGAGCUGGGCACGCGCUAUCGCGCAGAGAGCAACACCAUCAACACUCCGCACAACCCCAGCAGCCUCACACCGCCCUCGAGUCAGACCAGCGGCGGCUCACCACCCCAGGUCACCUGGACGAACCAGCUCUUCAGCCACAAGGGCGCCCAGGAGGACAACGGGCCCGAUGUAGACGUCCAUUUCAUCAUGAUCUACCUCGACUACGUCUUCCCCUACCUCUUCCCCUUCUACCGGCCGCCCAUCCUCAGCGGCGGCCGGGGCUGGGUGCUGGACAUCCUCCAGCGCAACAAGUCGGUCUACUACACGGCCAUCUCGCUGGCCUCGUACUUUUUCGGCGUCAUCAUGGCCAACGGCGACGCCGUCCACGCCGAGUGCACGAACCGCAUGGCCGACAAGCUGCAGGAGCAGCUCCAGCUGGGCCUGCGCGAGCUGCAGAAGGAGAUGGCCGCCAUGAACGCCCGCAAGGCCAAGGCCGCCCUCCACGAGCAGCUCAUCGCCAUGCAGGCCAUUGUCCAGAUGGUCGUCUUCGAGGUCGCCACCGGCAACGGCGACAACUGGAAGAUGCACCUCGACGCCGCCAUCGCCCUCUUCUUCCAGAUCCUGCCCAAGCCCGAUCGCUGGGCCGACACCCUCCACAGCCUCUACUCGUACCUGUGGCCGCCGCCGUCCAUGGGCGUCCGUCGUCCCUGGAGCACGAACCAGGCCGCCCUGCGUUUCUUCACCGCCAGCCUCAUCAACAUGGACAUCAUGUCCAGCAUCGCCCUCGAGCGGGCCCCGCGGCUGCGCCACUACCAAGAGUCCAUCAUCCCAGCAUGCUACUCCCGGGAAUGUCGCGAGCACGCGCAGACGGCCGGUCCGCUCUUCAUGGACGAGUUCGUCGGCCUGCACAACUGGAUCAUGCACAUGGUGGCCGAUGUCGCCACGCUGGACGCCUGGAAGAAGGAACAGCAACAAUCGGGCACCUUGUGCGUCGAUGAGCUCGUGUCGCGCGGCCAGGUCCUCGCCGACGCCCUCCUCACAAGCCUCGGCUCGCUUGACGCUGAGGCUGAGGCGGCGCCCCGGCAGACAGUCCACGCCAUGAUGGCGCUCGUCGUCCAGGACCCCCUUCCGGAGAUGGGCGACGUGGUGCCGUCCGAGGUCAAGGACUUUGGCCCCCUGAUGGCCGUGCACAACAAGAUCUGGCUCCACGGGGUGCUCCUCUAUCUCUACACCGUCGUUUUUGGCUGGAAGCCCGAGCAGGAGGACAUUAAGCACCACACGAGUCUCAUCACCUGCGCCCUGGCCGACAUGCCCCGGGGGUCGUGCUUGCGGGGGAUGGUGUUCCCCUUCUGCGUGGCAGGGUGUCUGGCGCCCGCCGAGGACGAGGACAGAUAUAGGCAAAUGGUGCAGAGACUGGGCCCGCUACAGGUGCUGGGGACGGUGAAGGAGGCGUCCGAGAUCCAGGAGAAGGUGUGGUCGUGUCGUGGCCACCUGGACGAGACGUUUGACGUGGCCAAGUGUUUGCGGAUCUUGGGUCACAGGUCGCUCUUGAUUUAG